AAACGUGUCGUAUUAUACGGUAUGACAUAUGGUACGGGUACGGUAUCUUACGGUAUGGACCGUAUGGUACGCUACCGGUAACCGCUCUCCUGAAAAGGGCUCUCUGGAAGGGGAAAAACAAUCCUUUUGUCCCAGGAUCCCGCAACCCCUGUCUGUCCAACAUGAGACCCCCGUCUACCGUACUUUAGAGAGGAACCUUUGUCGUCCCAUCCACACAUCCUCAACAUCAAGCUACGCAACCCCUCGCUGCUCCGCUGUUUGCUCGUCCUGGAUCCUAUCCCUUCCUUACUGAAAGGACUUUUCGUCUUUGUUUCCACCGAUUUUAUUCCUACCAAUUUUAUUCCUCUCGUAGUACUGCGUCCUACCAUUCCCCUUUCUCUAUCAGACCCCCGGUAAGAAUCUUCACACUAUGAAUUCAACGAGGCUAGCCUUCAAUUCGACCAGGCAGCGCUCGCUCAUAGCGCCAUCGGGUAAUUCUCUGUUCCGAACAUUCUGCGCCUUUUGUUCACAGUUACUAACUCGACCCAUAAAGCCCGGCGCGCUUGCCUUCGACCGUCGCUCGGGCUAUGUUCUCGUAAGGGUUUUCUGCAUUCCCAGAUUGCCCGAUAUCAACCAGCUAUCGUCAUCCUUGCUUCUCAGAAGUAUCUGAGUACCGAUACAACCACAGCCGGAGUCGGCGGUCCUGUUAUUCCCCCGCCGGGUUUCGACCCCAAGAGAGCCAGUAAGCCGGUUCCCCGUGAGAUAGCCGCCGCAAAACCCUCCGCAAAACCGGAAAUCGCGGCUGCUCCCCGUAAUAGCGGUGUCGAAGCUCCCGCAUUAGAGAGGAAGGGUGCGGAAGCUACGCAGACCGAGGGCUCGACAGCUGCUACCACAGUGAAUGAGAGUGGCGUUCAGGAGAGGAGUGAGGAAAAGAAAGCUACUAUUUGGCAGAAGGUUAAGCAUGGUGUGCAACAUUUCUGGGAUGGAACAAAGCUAUUGGGUGCAGAGAUAAAGAUCUCUUCAAACUUAGCAUUGAAGAUGGCUGCUGGGUAUGAGUUGAGUCGUCGCGAACGCCGUCAGGUAAGAGUUUUAAAUUAUCUGUUUCAACGAGCCCCCAUGUCUGAGAGUGGUGUUAUAGCUCGAGCGAACAGUCAAAGAUUUAGGCCGUCUUGUUCCUUUCUCAGUUUUUAUUAUCGUUCCUGCCGGUGAACUCUUCUUGCCGAUCGCUCUUAAAGUCUUUCCCAAUCUUCUGCCAAGUACCUACGAAGACCAGAAGGCAAAGGAGUUGAAGUCUAGCAAACUCCGGUCAACCAGGCGGGACGUAUCCGAUUUUCUCCGCAAGACUUUGCGAGAGAGUGGUAUUCCGUUGAGUGCCAAAACCAGGCGGCGGGAGGAAUUCACACAGUUCUUCAAGAAGGUAAUUAAACCCUAACAAAUCUGGUUCUACGGGUGUUUACCAAUCAUAUAGAUCCGAUCGAGCGGCGAAUCCCCCAGCCGGGAGGAUCUCAUCAAAGUCUGUAAGAUCUUUAGGGACGAUGUCACUUUGGACAAUCUUUCAAGGCCCCAAUUGGUUGGAAUGUGCCGAUAUAUGAAUCUCAAUACUUUUGGAACCGAUGCUAUGUUGCGCUACAAUAUUAGGCAUAGGAUGCGGCAGAUUAAGCGGGAUGACCGCGCCAUCUCCUAUGAAGGAGUGGAUUCGCUUUCGGUCCCUGAGCUUCAAACUGCAUGCGCUUCCCGCGGUAUCCGCACCCAUGGCGUUAGCCCCAGCCGUCUACGAGAUGAUCUCAACACCUGGCUCGAGCUUAGAUUGAAGCACGGUCUUCCGUCUACAUUAUUGGUGUUGUCAAAUGCAUUUGUGUAUGCUCAAGGCAAGGAGAGUGAGAUCGAUUCUCAGUUUGACGCACUUGUUGCCGUACUCAGCAGCAUACCCGAGGAGCUCUACCACGAGAUUGAGCUCGAGGUCAACACUCUGGAGGGAGCCGCAACCAAUAAGCAGAGACUUGAGGUAUUGAGGGAACAGCAAGAGCUUAUCGAGGAGGAGAACGAGCAGAGCUCUGAGUCCGCUUCAGAAGCCUCCAAGAAGGCAUCGAAGGAUGAUCGGAACAUUGACGAGGGGGAAGCAUCCACUCCUGGUGCUUCAGAGAGCACCGGGACCGAUGUCAAGGCGGAAGAACUCCAAACAGCAGCCGAGAAGGUUGCGAGCCCAGAGACUAAGGGGAAGAAGGAAGCCUAAGGGGCUAGCAUGGAGGAAAGGGAAAUAUUCCACACCCUCAUUCGGUUCGGGCGGUGCUUACUUUCUUGGGGAGGUUUCUAUUGUCUUUUCUUUCCUGGUCUUACAUUACAUGUUAUCAUCAAAUUAGAUCGGAAUCAGGGUUAGGGGUUUGUGUUGAUAGACUGCAGUGCUACCACUACGGUACUACUACUACUAGUACUACUUUUUUUCCCCACCACUGUCGCUACCAGGGGAAACCGAGACAUAAGACUUAGUAAUUCUGUAUUACGAGCUUGUACAUACUAAAGUAGACAACUUGAGCGAACGAUCAGGGAGAAGUAAGCCUCAUAUGAUGCAUGUAUAAGUCUAGUCUACAGUACCCCAUCCAUCACUGGAGCUACCUUAAGGUGCAGAACACCGCAUCCCACCUACCCCUCAUCUCUCAAACCUCUCCAGCACCGCCGCCACACUCCUCCGCUUGGCAAUCAGGUCCCCAUGCACCCGUUGCUCAAGGCGUAACGCGAGAAACUCCCUCACACGCGAGAAUUCCUGGUCCGUGGGCUCUGUCAUGUUCGUGUCGGGCGAGUUCACGAGGGAGAGGGCGUCGGAUGUGUUCUGGGGGGAUUGCGUCAGUAUAAUAGGGAGGGAACGGAAAAGGGGAAGAAGGGGAAGGGUUACGAAUGUUCUUAGAGAUGUUAGGUCUGCAAGGAGUUCUGCUAGGAGGACCAUUGUUGGGGUCGGACGCUGAAGGGUCGGUGAGUGGUUUUACGAUCUCGCGCGGGAGAGGCGUUGAGUUAGUCUGGGUGGAGGCAGGCUGGGGAAGCUGGGUCGAGAUCACGUGAUUAAAGGUGUUCAUAGUAGGGGAGGAAAAUUUUCCCUAGCUAUGAUACGGGUACUUUCGGUGUGCAGACACUUUGUAAUAUAAUACACUGGAUUAACUUUAUAAUAUAUAUGAUACAUGGUUGCGCAUUGGGAUAACUGCCUUGAUCUAUUUCCCCUACCGUAGUCUACACUUUCGCAGUAGGCCUCCAAAAGCACACUACUGUACAUUGAUAUAUUGAUAGCGCCGCUAAUUACCCUCAAAGGGUUCAGUCUUCUGCCCGCUCCGUUUGCUUCUACUCGUAUCAUACAAGCUUGGUCCCCUAUCCCCCCGGCGCCUUGUGACUCACAAGCUGAGCAUGCUCAAUAUCUAUUAACUGCUCAAUCCGAAUCCCGCUAUCCCUGACAAUCCUGACCCGGAAAGAGCAGCGUAGUGAUGACCUGUACAAGUGCUUGAGUAUGGUAAAUUAGGGAGGCAAAAGUUUUGGCGUAUCGCCCUUUUUACACCAAAAGUGGCUAUUGUAACCACACAAAAGACCCAUUUCCACCUCAGUUGAGUAUCUACCACCUUUAGAUAUUGGGGGCACAUCUUGGCUUCAUAAUAUUGAAAUUUUAACCAAAUCAGACUCUUAUUGCAUUGUUGGUGGUUCUUGGAAAAUCACAAUAAGUUAAAAUUUUUAAGUACCUAUCUGUCUGGGCUUCCACAAAAAUUGCAAGGCUUGGCA